GGCGGGGCAGGCGCCGUGCGCAUGCGCAAGGUCUGACGGGCCUCCCAGCGGUGGCGGCGUCGUCGUCGUCGGCUGUGACGCCGCUCGGGGAUCAGGCAGGGGAAUUUGGCAGAGCCGCCUGUUCUAACCGCAGCGAGAUCUGACGAGAGUGGACGCCAAGCGUCUGGCUCUGAACCGGCACGGGCCUCCGAACGCGCAACCAGAAACGUCCGGUGUCUGGGAAGAGGUUCCGGACGUCCCCGUGUCCGGGUGAGACCAGGAGGACUGCGCGCGCCCGGGAGAGCCGGGCGUUUCCGCGCAGCUUGAAAAGAGCAGACGAAACGCCGCGGGAAGGAGCCAGGCCCCCAUGCCCCGAGCAGGCGAGGCUUCAAUGGAGAGGCCGUGGAAGUGCGGGGACUGCGGGAAGGGCUUCAAUUACCCGUCGCUGCUGAGGAACCACCAACGCGUCCACGGCAAACCCGCAGCCGGCGACAAGCCCUGGACGUGCGGGGACUGCGGCAAGGGGUUCAGCUACCCGUCCCUGCUGCGGAACCACCAGCGCGUCCAUGCCCCGCCCCGGGAGAAGCCCUGGAAGUGCGAGGACUGCGGCAAGGUCUUCGGUCACAGCUACCGGCUGGACAACCACCGGCGGGUCCACGCCGGGCACGGAGAGAAGCCGUGGAAGUGCGGCGACUGCGGCAAGGCCUUCGAGUACCCGUCCUGGCUGGAGAUUCACCGGCGGGUCCACGAUGGGCCCGGGGCGGCGGACAAGCCCUGGAAGUGCGGCGACUGCGGCAAAGGCUUCAACUACCCGUGCCGGCUGGAGAGCCACCGGCGGGUCCACGCGGCGCCCGGCUCCAGGGAGAAGCGGUGGAAGUGCCAGGACUGCGGCAAGACCUUCUGCUACCCGUCGCUGCUGGAGCACCACCAGCGGGUCCACGCGGCGCCCGGCGCUCGGGAGAAACCGUGGAAGUGCCAGGACUGCGGCAAGGCCUUCUGCUACCCGUCGCUGCUGGACACCCACCGGCGGGUCCACACCGGGGAGAAGCCCUUCACCUGCUCGCUGUGUGGCAAGGGCUUCACCAUGUCAACGUGCCUGCUCUCCCACCAGCGGACGCACACCGAGGAGAGGCCCUUCAGCUGCCCCGUGUGCGGCAAGUGGUUCCGGUCCUCCUCCGACCUCAACGUCCACCGCCGGGUCCACACCGGCGAGCGGCCGUUCACCUGCCUGGCGUGCGGCAAGGGCUUCUCCUGGUCGUCCAGCCUGCGCUCACACCUGCAGGCCCACGCCGAGAAGCGGCUGGCCUGCGGCCGCUGCGGCAAGAAGUUCCGGCAUGCGGCCAGCCUGGCUGAGCACCAGCGGGCGCACGCCGGCGAACGGCCCUUCGCCUGCCCCGUCUGCAGCAAGGGCUUCACCGGGCCCACCAGCCUCCAGCGGCACCAGCGGAUCCACACCGAGGAGCGGCCCUUCGGCUGCGCCGCCUGCGGCAAGCGGUUCCGCCAGGCCUCCGACCUGACGGCCCACCGGCGGGUCCACACCGGCGAGCGGCCCUUCGCCUGCCCGGCCUGCGGCAAACGCUUCACCAAGUCCUUCAGCCUGCUGCGGCACCGGCGGGUCCACACCGGCGAGCGGCCCUUCGCCUGCCCCGCCUGCGGUGCGGGCUUCACCCAGCUCGCCAACCUGCGGGCGCACCAGCGACACUACGAGGAUAUCCGCACCAUGGAGAAACGGUGGAAAUGCGGGGACUGCGGGAAAGGAUUCUGUUCCCCGUCUGCCCUCGAAACCCAUCGGCGCAUUCACACCGGCGAGAGGCCGUUCACCUGCUCCGUGUGCGGCAAGGGCUUCGCUCACUCGUCCGCCCUGCUGACCCACCAGCGGGUCCACACCAGGGAGAAGCCGUACACCUGCCGGGAUUGUGGGAAGGGAUUCACUGAUUCCUCCGCCCUGCUGACGCACCAGCGCAUUCACACCGGCGAGAGGCCGUUCACCUGCUCCGUGUGCGGCAAGGGCUUCAGUCAGUCCUCCAACCUGCAGAUGCACCGGCGAGUCCACACCAGGGAGAGGCCGUUCGUCUGCUCAGAGUGCGGCAAGGGGUUCACUCAUUCGUCCGCCCUGCUGACCCACCAGCGGGUCCACACCGGGGAGAGGCCCUUCAGCUGCCCGGUGUGCGGGAAGGGCUUCAGCGACUCGUCGGCUCUGCUGACCCACAAGCGGGUCCACACCGGGGAGAGGCCGUUCACCUGCUCCGUGUGCGGGAAGGGGUUCACUCAGUCGUCCAACCUGCUGACCCACCAGCGUGUCCACACCGGGGAGAGGCAGUUCACCUGCUCGGUGUGCGGGAAGGGGUUCGGUGACUCAUCCAACCUGCUGAGACACCAGCGUGUCCACACCGGGGAGAGGCCGUUCACCUGCUCUGAGUGCGGGAAGCGUUUCACCCACUCGUCCAGCCUGCGCACGCACCAGCGAGUGCACACCAGGGAGAAGCCGUUCAACUGCCUUGAGUGUGGGAAGGGAUUCACUCAGAUAUCCAACCUACUGAGGCACCAGCGUCUUCACAAGUGAACCAGAGCUCGGUUCUGCAGGAGUUACACCCAGGACCUGGACUGUGUUCAUCCUGACAGUGGGUCAUAGAGAUGUACAGCACGGAAACAGACCCUUCGGUCCAACUCAAGCAUGCUGAUCAGAUAUCC